CUGCCUGAGUCCGCCGGCGACGCGUGUCUCCGGAGUCGGCCUGGGAGGUUGAACAGCAUUUGGACUUGGAAUGAAACAAUAAGAGGUUCCAUUCAUGGAUAACCAACAAGAUAAGGCUAUUGUUGCCUCAACCAACGGAGAAAACACUAUGAUUAAUGGGGUCAAGGAAAAUGAUUCAGAGGACCAGGAUGUGGCAAUGAAGUCAUUUGCAGCUCUAGAGGCUGCUGCACCAAUCCAGUCUAUACCGGUGGCUCAAAAAGAGAACCUGAUGUACCCCAGAGGUCUCCUGCCUCUGCCCUCUAAGAAGCCCUGUAUGCAAAGCCCUCCCUCUCCUUUGGGCCUGAUUGAAGCACCUGAGCAUACUGCUAAUAGUGCUUCUGUGAAUGCCAUCUCCCUUACAUCUGGUGUUGCAAAGGGCCUGAACACAUGGUCAUUGCCCAAUGAGUGUGAGAAAGCUCCAUUUGCCAUAAUGGAGCCUGCAGGCAUGUCAGCUCUGAAUGGGGACUGCCUCAUGCAGCCAAGCCGGACUUGCUUGGGCUGCUUCAUGGAAUCCAAGGAUGCAGUAGAUCCUGAGCCAGGGAUCAGUCUAAAAGUCAGUGAUCUAAACAGGGAUUAUGAAACCUGUGCAGUCUCUGAUAUAGGGAUUCAGUGUAUUAAUGCUGGAGAAAACAUGAAAUACGGAGAACAGCUUCUCUCAGAUCAGCUCCUAGGCUUCCCCUUGCACAAAUCAAGGGCAGGAGAUAGACGAGAAGCUGAGAAACCUGACAUUGACUUGGAGGACCCAGGUCAGAAAAGUUAUUAUGAGGCAUUACUGUUAGAUAAGUGCAAUACAGAAGAGGCUUUGCUGGCAAAUUCCAAUCAGGAUUGGGGUUACUUUGAGACCUUCAUUAGUGAGAGUAAGAUCGAACUACUUGACCUCUGUUCCAAGAACGAGCUGUCUGUCAACCUGUUCUCUGAAGAAGAUGUGGAUAACUACAUGUUUGAUGAUGAUGAGUCAACACUGGGCAGUGAUGUCUGCUCCCUGAAAAUUCGAUAUGAGUCCUUCCAGGACAAUGUUCGAGACAAGACCACCCUUUUGAUGCAGGAGGAUGCCCAGUUCAACUUUUUUCCCAGUGUCUUUACUACCUGCCCCAAGCGGGAGUCUAAGACUGGGGCCCUGAAGCAAAGUAGCGAAUUUUCCCAAUUCAAGGUCCCUGAUGUGAGCAUUAUCUGGGGGGAGGAAGAUAAAAACCUGGACAAGAAGAAAGGCAAAGAAGAAGGCCAGGAAGAAAAAGGUGCAGAGAAAAAAGAUGGGAAGGAUAAUGAAGAAAAAUCUGCCUUAAAUAAACCAUGCAGUGGAACUGAAGUAGAGCAAUUUAAGAAUCUAAAGCAAGGCCAUCUUGCCAAUUCCUUGGAAGCAUCAGGGAAUUUCAGUGAUGGUAGUUCCUUCAUUGAGGUCUCAUUUGAUACCAUGGGGGAGAUCAAGGACUGUAGCCGCUAUAUGGCUCGGGACACUAAUUCUGGCAGCUCCUCCUCCCAGCAGAACUAUGGGCUACGAGCCAAGAGAAAAGUCAGGUAUAGUGAAGAUUAUCUGUAUGAUGUUGACUCACUAGAGGGUGAAAAAGUAAAUGAGAGGAAGGAAUGGCUGCCAGGUGGUUCUAUAGAAGAAGAUGAUGAUGAAUGGUGUCCCAAAAAGAGAAGAAAAGUAACCCGUAAGGAGCCCCCUGUUAUUAUCAAAUAUAUUAUCAUCAACCGUUUUAAAGGUGAGAAAAACAUGCUGGUGAAGUUGGGUAGAGUGGAUGCCAGUGAAACAACAGUUAAUUUGAGUGAAAAUCAGCUCAACAAAUAUGCCAAGCUGGCUCCCUUGAAGGGCUUCUGGCAAAAGAAGAAAAAGCAGAGAAACAGCAAUGCAGACUCCAGCAAAACAUCCUUAUGCCAAAAGCAAAGCUUUGAACCAGGUAGCUUUGAGAUGUCAUUUCUGCCACCUGCUCGUAAACGAAAAUCUAAACUUGGCAACAGGCACAGGAUUCAAAGAAUCCCAUCCAUAGAAACGUCAGCAAGUGGUAAGCAGGUUUCAUUCUGCAAUGAUGAGAGGCAAACUAAUAAUUGUAAAGAAGAUGGAGGCCUGAAAGGCACACUGAAGUCAGCACCUCUGGCUUCCCCCAGUUGUGCAAAUGGAUCACAUUUAAAUGACAUCACAGGUCCUGACUCAGAGAAAGUCAAAGCCCAAGAUGGUCAAUUUAAGGGACCAGAGAGGAAAGUGCUUAACAAAAUCAAAUUUAAAAGUGAAGCCAGGUUAAAAUCCAAGAAAAUCAAAGCUGGGCAAGAAAGCAAGCCAGUUGUUCAAAUGAGUCCUGUUUUGGAAAACCAAUCCUCCAAGGCUAAUUCAAAGAAUGAAGCUAUUCCUGGGACCUCAAACAGUUCUCAUCUAUCUGAAUUUCAUGAGACAAAGGUUGCUAAGAAUUCUACUUUCCUACCAACCAGCUGCUCUUCUGAAAUGCCUCUAUCAUCUGCUCAUGUUGCCAACAAUAUACCUGUUAUUCCUGGAGGGUAUCUACAGACAUUGUUAGAUGCUUCUGACUUGUCAAAUAAUACUGGUAUCUCAUACUUCAAUCAUCAUUCUCCAGAGCAAAAUGAAGACAGGCUCACUCAAACAGAAAAAUCAUUUGUACCUCUCCAACCUGCCCAGGACUGUGUGCUUUCCUCACCUGCUGAGUCUCAGCUGCUUCAGUCAUCCCAAAACUUCAAAAUGGAAUCAAACAGCUAUGGAGAUGUGUGGCACAACAAACCUGUUUCUGGCUCCCAGGAAUUCAUUGCUGAAGUCUCAAGGGAGAUAGCUCCAACCCAGUCCAGUGAAUAUGGAGUCUCCCAAGUAGUCUCCAUGGAAAAUAGCCUCACAGCUACAACAUACAAUCCAAUCUGUCUCAAUAGUGGUGGAAGUAGUUGCAACAAGGUCAUAUAUACCUCUGUGCAAGACACCCAGCUCUCAUCUGAUGACUCUUACCAAUUAUGUCACUUUAAUAAUGGAGAGGUCUGCUUUCCUUUCCAGCAGGGUCCAGUCAAUAUGGACGAUGUGCGGCUCUUUAGCUUUGAUUCCAUUGCCCCACUGUCUGUCAACUCAAGCAAUUAUUGCUCCUUAAGCUUGAAAUCCUGUGAAAAGGAUGGUGAUGAUGAUAUUGCUGAUGACUUCUUGGCCCACUGCAGCCCCAAGCUGGUGAUCCAGCAGAGCAUUGAUGAGAUAGCACCACUAAAGGAGUCCACUGACCUUCUGGAUAUCUCCAACUUCACUCCUGACAAAUUCCGCCACUCUUCUCUCUCAGAGAUAUCUCCACCUGAUACUCCCAGUCUUUCCCCUCAAAUUACCAGAUGUGAGAAUAUCAAGACACUAGGAACACUAAAAGGAUUCCAAGAGGGUGUCCCAGGAACACUGGGCAAUAUGGAGAAAAUCAAGUGGGACUGCAGUACCCUUUCACGGCAGGUUCAAGUGGAUGAUGGAUUUACUUUAAAUAACCAUCAGUUUCAGUUCCAUAUGUUCAAUGAUGAGGAUUCUGUCAGCCUGCUCCAGAAAGCCCCUUGCUUAUCAACAUUUAAUGAUCCAUCUAGUCAAAUGAGUACCAGCAGCAAGGUGCCAAAAUCAAGAAAGAAAAGUUCACCCAGCAAGAGUGGGGCUAUGAACCAAAGCUCUUCUCAGAAAAACAACAGGAAAAAAUCCCCCAAAGGCAACAACAAAGGGAUUGAAAAACCACCUGGCAAAACCUCCCGCCAGGUUCCUAAGUCAGCAAAGAAAGGGAAAUUCAUGGCUGCAAUCAAUGGAGAGAAAAUGCAAAUUGGCAUCAGUCGUGGAGGAGGCCAAAUCAACAGCAUAUCCUCCACGGGGAAGACAUUGGCUGAAUGUAUCCAACAUGGCCCUGUGGCCUCUAUGAAGAUGCCAAGUCAGAAGGGACUUUCGGGAGACUGGUCUUUAAGUCAGAAGGGACUUUCUGGAGACUGGUCUUUGGGGAAGGAGAGCAGCCCAGGUUGGAAUGACAUGAACAUGGGCACCAACACCAACAACCUUUUGGAUGAUGACCAACGGGAAUUUCAGGAGCCUUCAUAUAUCUUGUCCAACAUUGCCUCUGGUAUGGCAGAUGUGCAGAGGUUCAUGAUGGCCUCCAUAGAACCCCUUUGGGAACCCAUGGAGCACCAUGGGGACCCCAAUAUAUUCUACUCCCCUGAGUCCAAUAGUCUAAAAUUAAAAACCCUCAAAAUAUUGGCUGGGACACCACAGGAAUCUAAGAAAAAGGUCAACAAUGGCUCUCCAGGAGCCACUAAGAAUCACAGGUCUAUCAAGGGUGUGAGUAAAAGCAAUGGGAAAGCAGUGAUAGGUGAUCCUGGUCGUGCAAGCAUGUCUGGUUAUAAUGAGGACUCUCGCUCUGCCUUCUUUGAUAAAAAGCUUAAUAACCUGAGCACUUUAGGCAAUAAUGUACCGACACACAAAAAGUUAUAUCGUCACAAAACCAGCUCCAAGGCCCUGAGAGAAGAGAAGUGUAAGGGAAAGCGCAUGGAGCGAGAACAGGUCCACAAGGAUGAGGCUGGGACAGCUUCUUUUGAAAAACUGAGGGAUUCCGACUACAAUCUCCUAAAAGCAGAAACAACAUUUUGGGUUUUACCUGUGUUUGAAGAAGAGACUCGCAUUUUCCAGAAAGACAUUUGAUGUUUGUGUUUUAUUUCUUUCAAAAU